AUGACGAUGCAACUUAGGGACGGCGAGGUGGUGAUAGCUCGCGAGGAUGACGUCGACAGGGCUCCUUGUGACGGUCGCGGUCCUCCUUCCCUCGGCGGCGUCAACGGCGACGGUGGUGCAUCCCGAGAUACUAGAGCCACGACAUAUGGCAUUAUGGAGGUCUGCGACGGUAUUGAUCUACUUUGUUAUCAUAGAGUGACAUCAGGGGUCAAGGUCAUAGAGGAGCUAGGAGUCGUGGCCGAUGAGGAGGGAAGAGUGGUGGUCGAGGUAGAGCUCGACGUGGAGGGAGAGGCGGAGAGGAUGAUGAUGGUGGUGAUGAAGAGGGUGGUGACGGUGAGAAUGAUGGUGGAGAUAAUGACGGUGAGUGAUGGAGGUGGUGGUAGAGGACAUGAUGGUGGGAUGGGUGGUGAAUAUGGAGGAGGUGGCGAAGGCCAUGAUGGUGGAUAUGAUGGUGGAAUGGGUGGUGGUUAUGGAAGAGGUGAUGGCUGUAGUGGUGAUGGAGGAGGUGUUAAUGGAGAUGCUGGUUAUGGUGGUGGCAUAUUAGGUGACGAUGGAGGUGGCAGAGAUGGUGGUGGAGAGUUUGGUGAUUAUUUUUUCGUGAUUCCUAACAGUGAUGUGGUGGUGCACGAGAGCUAG